GGACAAGAUCGUUCUUAUAGCUCUCAUCUCAGCGCUCGCUACGGGGAGGCUUUGUUCCGCGCGCGGCCCACCCCACCCCACGGCGAGCUACGUAAAACGAUGGCGAUCGGAUUCAAGCGGAUUUAUAAAUGAUUCGCGAAAAAUUGGUUCUGAAAAUAAUGGCUUCCAUGCUGUAUGGCCUAAAAAGAGUUUCAAGCUGUGUGUGUGCUAUCAAAAGACUGCGACUGAACAAAACGAGGCAUUCAGAAGAAUUGUUGCUGAAUUGUAUAAUGGCGAUAAUCUAUAUUUUAGUAAACGGAAGCGGCAGCAAAAACCAUUCAACGUAGAAGUUCCAGCCGAGUACAAACUUAUUCAAUCAAACGAAGAGUUUAAUUGCAUGCAACUGGAAUCUUCUAAUGGAACUUGUGAUGAUAUACAGGGUAAAUGGAAGAAGCAAUUUAACGUCGGUAUAUGGUGCUCAUUAGCGGCGAGGACGGAUUGUGUCGGCGCUUACAAAAGAAAACGACAAAAACGCUCUUCAGAUUCUCGGCCGGAAUUGGUGUAUACUUUUAUUGAACAAGCUGUACAGCCCGGGGCUCAAGUCGCACUGAAGUGUUCGGCGGUUGGAGAACCGCCACCUAGAUUUCGUUGGACCCUCGAUGGUCAGCCUAUCCCAUCGCACCAUGGAGCGAUAAUAUCGGAGGGCCGCGACAACGGUCCAUCUGGUAUGGGCGGCAACAAUUACAUCCUGUCCACGCUGUCGCUGAGCAGCGCACGAGUGGAGCACGGCGGCCGGUACGAAUGUCGUGCGAGCAACGCGCACGGCUCGGUUGCGCAUGCCGCUCGACUGAAUGUCUAUGGUCCCCCAUACAUAAGAGCUUUGAAUCCUGUGAGAGCUGUUGCGGGUUCGGAAGUGACAAUAUGGUGCCCUUAUUACGGUUUUCCCAUUGACUCAGUAAAAUGGGAAGGUGGAGUCGGUACUGAUCCCAGAUAUCAACAAGUAGAUGGCAGGCUAACUAUUAUAAAUGUAGAUAAAAACAGGGAUAAAGGGGGGUGGAUUUGUUCCGUAAUGACACCUGGAGGGGAGCUCGCAAGGAGGGAGGUGCAAAUGAAUGUAGUGUCGCCGCCGGUCCUGUCUCCCAUCGUGUUUCCGCCUGGCUUGCGCUCCGGCGACCGCGCUCAGUUGACCUGCACCGUGACGUCAGGGGACAUGCCUGUUUACUUCUCAUGGCUCAAAGAUCAAAUGCCGAUUUCUAGUGUUCUACAGGUCGACGAGCGCGGCGCGGAGUUCUACAGUAUGUUGCUAUUCAAAAGCCUUACAGCAGCACACAGCGGGAUAUAUACGUGUGUAGUGACGAACACCGCCGGCAAAGCUAAUGCGUCUGCUGAACUAGCCAUCAAAGUUCCACCGUACUGGCAAAUUGAGCCGUCAGACGCCGCCGUGCUACUAAAUGGAUCGCUCACGGUGAGCUGCGAUGCGCGCGGACAUCCAUCACCCGCUAUUUAUUGGACAAAAUUCUCUGGUAGUACAGAAACAGCUUUGGGAGCUGUAUCGGAUCCAGUGGUGCUUAGUAACGGCUCACUGAGGCUGGAAUCGGCUCGCGCGGAACAUUCUGGAAAAUAUCGCUGCAGAGCCGACAAUGGCGUCGCUCCGGCUUUAUCUAAGGCCCUUACGAUUCACGUUAAUGAACCGGCCCGAUUUGAAACUCAAUCAGCAAAUGUGACCGCCAAGUUGGGUGACACGGUGCGUUUGGUUUGCGUGGCCCGCGGGGACAGCCCGCUGGCCAUCGCUUGGAGCCAUUCCGGUCGACCACUUCCCAAUUCUGAUUAUAGGAUGAGUAUAUCAGAGACCCGUAGCGCGGAAGGUCUGCGGAGUGAGCUCGUAGUGGAGCGAGCAGACAGGCGGGACUCCGGCGUGUACCGCUGCCAGGCCUCCAACCCCUACGGCAGAUCCGAUCAUUUUGUUCACCUUGGUGUGCAAGAACCACCAGAACCGCCAACAAACUUUCGCGCCUUGGACACAACAUCUCGGUCUAUUCGUCUUCAAUGGAGAAGACCAUAUGAUGGGAAUUCUCCUGUACUCGGCUAUGUGCUUCAGUACCGAAGGCACGACUCAUCUAGCCCCGAUGUAUGGAGAGACGCAGAAACACACAACGUGUCCGUGUCUACUCAUUCCAUAGACUCCUAUACUGACGCUGAAUCGGCUACGAUAUCGGGUUUGGAGCCAGCUACGGCGUAUUUGGUCCGCGCGAGGACUAUGACCGCGCAGUUUGCGUCCGCGCACACUCGCGCUAUACUCGCUCUGACGCUUCACGAGCCUCCUUCGAGGCCACCUAUAAGCUUGAGGGCUUCUGCUCCACGCCCUUCUACUAUUGAACUUGCUUGGCAGGCGCCACCAAAAUCUUCCUGGAAUGGGGAACUACUAGGGUACACGGUGUGGUGGUGGGCUUCAGCUGAUGGAUCCUUGGCUAGUGGGGUCAAUGUGGGAAUGGAGUUCUCUACUGUGAGGGGACAAGUGACUAAGUACGUUAUUGAAGGCUUGGAACAUUACACGAGGUAUUCAGUAAGCGUCAGGGCAUUCAACAGUGCAGGUGCUGGUCCAGCUACCGCUCCUGUUAAUACAUUGACUAAAGAGAGUGUACCAUCAGAAGGUCCCCGUGCGGUUCGGUGUAGAGCCGUGUCACCUCAAAGUAUCAAAGUGGAAUGGUCCCCGCCACCUGCGCAUGCGCAUCAUGGCGCUUUGCUGGGAUACAAGCUGUUGUAUCGCCCUGAGCACACGGCAGACUGGCUGGAGUGGGAGGUGCGUGGCGGGGGCGGGGGCGGGGGUGCGGGUGCGGGCGCGGGGGGCGCGCUCGCGCCGGCCGAGGUGAAGCGCGUGGCGGGCGUGGAGACGCUGCUGCUGGCGCUGCGCCCGCACAUGAACUACACCGUGCAGGCGCUCGCGUACACCGCCGCGGGGGACGGGGUGCCCGCGCUGCCUAUACACUGCACUACGCAGCAAGAUGUUCCAGGACCACCAGCGGCUGUGAAGGUGGCAGCGACUUCUAUUACAUCGCUCGCUGUUAGUUGGCUACCACCAAGCCGACCCAAUGGGCCCAUCCUUUAUUAUACAGUAUUCUAUCGAGAAUUAGGAAGAGAUCGACCACCACAAACAACAACCGUGCAAGCUGAAGACGCUGAAGUGAUUGUGGGUCUCGGGGGUUACACAGAACUGCGCUCUCUAUCAGAAGGAGCCACAUAUGAAGCGUGGGUCGCGGCGCACUCCGCGGCGGGGGAGGGAGAACCCUCUGCGCCACAACCAGCGACUACAACGUCUAGAACGGCGGUCCGCGUGCUGUCGUUCGGCGUGUGGGCACGCGUGCAGUGCGGGCGCGCGGUGCGGCUGGCGUGCGCGUGGCGCGGCGAGCCGGCGCCGCGCGCGCGCUGGCUGCGCGCCGACCGCCCGCUCACGCACGACCCGCGCGCGCACCUCACGCCGCUCGGACAUCUUGUUAUACAUGAUGUGGACGCAUCCACGAGCGGCAACUACACAUGCUCUGCUCGCAAUACAUAUGGUUCAGAGGAAGUCACAUAUCGCGUGGAAUGCGCCGUUCCACCAGCAGCCCCCACCUUGACUCUUGAUCAUGCUGAUCAUAGAGAGGCUAAAGUAUCCUGGAGGACUUCACAUCAUGCCACUGCUCCGCCUCAUGGUUUCACCAUCUGGUGGGUGCGUGUCCGAGAAGAUGAUAGUGAUGCUGAGCAAACUUCCCGCAUAGACACCGAAGAGCACAGAAUCGAGACUGGCGGGGAGGCAACUAGCGUAGUGUUAAGGGCUCUUGCGUGUGGUGCCAAGUAUUCAGUGCGGGCUGUUGCGCAUUCUCGGGCGGGAACUUCACCGCCUUCUGUUCCGCUCUUGGUCAGGACGAAGCCACCAGUGUUAGUAUGGGAGGGCGGAGGGAAGAUGGACGAGAGCAUAGAGGAAACAGCGGAGGCGGCGGUGUGGAGCAACAGCAGCUCGCUGGCGCUGGACGCACGGCGCGCGGUGCGCUGCGGCGCGCGGCUCGUGCGCCUGCAGUGGCGCCGCGCCGGGCCCGCCGCGCCGCCGCCCGCCGCACCCGCCGCACCCGCCGCCUGGCGUGACGCCGACCUCACCGCGCUGCACCACCAUCGCGAGGUGGUAGUCGGAGAUCUACCCGCUGGGACGUGGUUCGCUCUCCGCUUGUGGACGGCGACGGAUUCCACGCGACACCAGGCCAUUAUAUACGCAGCCACUAGUACACAUUCCGGAGAUCGCCUCCGGCGGCCGGCGUCAUUCGGCGCGGAGGGCGCGGCGGCGGGCGGCGCGGCGGGCGCGCCCGACAGCUCGGAGCGCGUGCUGGGCGCGGUGUCGCUCGCCUUCGCCGCGCUCGCCGCGCUCGCCGUCACCGCGCUGCUGCUGGUGCUUAUGGCGAAGCGGAGCACGCUCUGGUCCUGCGGGGCGCCAGAGGACGAAGAGACGCGACGAUGCAGCCACUCGGUCGCCAGCACGGACAAGUCUGUGUGUCCCGAGCAGCAGAACAUACGCAACUGCCAGCAUGACUACAAGCACGACAAACUGUCGCCGGCUUCAGACGUAUACGAGAUAAGUCCGUACGCGACAUUCGCGGUGGGCGGCGAGACGGCGGCGACGCUGGACCACACGCUGCAGUUCCGCACGUUCGGACACCGCGACAACGACGCGCCGCCGCACCGGCCCUGCCGCAAGCACCCGCAGCGGCACCGCGAGCGCGCCGAUGUUGAAAAACAUCGCUCAGAAUGUGAGCUGCAGCACCUCACGCGCUACGAGAAGGUGCGCCCGCGACACUGCGCGGGAACCUCCUAUUGCGUACCUCUCUCGCACCAUGGUGGCGGGAGCGGCGGCGGCGGCGGCAGCGGCGGCGGCUUCUCGGAAGUGUACGCGGGCGACUCCAGCGCGGAGUCCGGCCCCGGCUCGCUGUCGCCGCGCACACACCUCGAGCACAGCUAGCGGGGGCGCAUUUACACUGACAUGUGCUAGACUUCGCUGAUUCAUCGCACUAAACGGAAUCAGUUGAUCUAUCGUAUCGUUGAGUAUUGAUUCAGAUACUAAAUUGUCAAAGGAUUUAUCCGCUGUUGAUUUUUGACGUAUAUAACAAAAUUAAAAUAUUUAUUAAGAACAGUAAGUCCGGCCCUGGCUCGUUUUGGCGCGCCGCGUACGCACCGUGAGCUCAGCUAGCGUCGACACUUCGCAUACAGGCAGAGACGUAUUUAUUCAUUUAUGAAACACAUACGGUAAUAUUAAAUUAUAUGUUCAAUGAGUCGAAUAAAGUUUCUUUGAUUCAGUUACUCAGAACGUAUGGUACAAAUUUUGUUGAUAUUAUUUACGAAACAUUUGAUCAGAAAUAUUUCAAUUAUUUAAUGAUUUUAAACGAACACUAAAACGACAAGAGCAAUCUAGACAGAUAGUUUUUAUUACAUCAUAAAUAGAGGAUUUUAGGGAGUUUUCUAUUAGAUCAAUUACUGAGGCAUAAUAAAUAAUGAAGACCGUCUAAAAUACGAGUGUUGUUUCAAAAACUUAAUAUCUAUCUAGUACAUCUGUCUAAAAUAAAUAGAACUUGUUUUAGAUAAUAUUUGUAUAAAAAUGUUUAACGUAUAAUUUGUGUACAACAUCAUGUUUUUUGAGCAAUAUAUCGUUCGCUUUAUUCAGCGAUAUCAUCUUAUUAUUUCUUAAUAAAAGAUCUUUUCAUUCGAUUCGAAAUCGGCAUCACACUAUGAGCAAAACGAUAAAGUUCAAUAAGGCUUUUUAAUUUUUUAAUAACGUAUUAAAAGUGAGGCAAAGACCUUAUUAAAUGCGCCUUAUGACAAACUUUUAGAAACUACAAACUUUCCGGAAAGUACAUUUAGGUAUUCCAUAUUAUUCCCGGAAAACCUAAUCGGUGCAAUUGCGUCCUAACUAUAUACCAACAAUGUGUAAAAUACUUCUCUCUAAUCUUUGGAAAAAACAUUUAUUGAGACGUAAUUUCCCUAUCAUUUGGGUACGCAUGUUCAAAUUUCUUCACGAGCCUAAUUUUAUGCAAGCAACGAAUUUAAUAACCAAAGUUCGAGGCGAAUGUAACUCAAUAAACCCAAUUAAGCAUUCCCAUCUCGUCUUGAGUUGCCAAGGUACGGUGACUGAGGUUUUAAAGAACACUGUUAAGUGUUGAAUCACAAGAUCCGAGGUGCUUAAUAUUAAUUGGAGUCAGGUGUGCAGCGAAUUAACUGAGAAUUCUCAAUUACAGAAGUUUCUAGUGCUAAAGUAUUGGUAAAAAUUAAUGUACGAAUAAAUUUAGUGUUUAAAAUUUAGGCUGGUUAGCAACAACUGCCAAGAACGUUUAAUAGUAUUUGAAUGAAUUUGAUUGAAUACAUAAUAACAUUGUUAUUUUUGUCGCAUACAAAUAAAAGGAUGCAUAAUAUGUUAAGAGCCAAUUGCAUAAUAAUAAAUUCCUCAUUUUUAUUGCACCGAUGACGCUUUAGUAUGAACAUAAAUUGGUAUAACAAAUAACAAAAAAUGAAAAUCGGUCAAGUGCGAGUAGGACUCAAGACACUAAGGUUUCCGUAUAAAGAAAAUAGAGAGCAGGCCCAAAAAAAUGGUCAACCACUUAUUGCCGUGCCAACCGUUGCUUAUUUUUUUCUGAUUAACAACAGAAAUUCUCUUCAAAACUCUAACUGUCUAAAUAUUAUGACGACUCACGAGUCAAGUUCAACCUGGUGACAGACGGACAGAGAAGAUUGUGGCGUACCCUUUGGGUACGGAAUCUUCAAAAAGACAUGAAACAGAAAUAAUAAACUUUACUAACUUUUCAAUCAUCGAACUUUCGAAUAUAGCUUGAUCGGAUCUUACAUUAAUAAAAAUAGUUCAAUCAACUUUUCCAACCUGAUACAGUGUAAUAUUAUACUAUUAGAAACUAAAGAUAAUGCAAACCGUGCAAUUUAAUAAAGAUGAUGAAAUCGGAAUUCUUAAUAUUCAAUAGAAUGAGAUCAAAAGCCAGCUUGAUAGGCUACAAAUUUUAUUUUACGAUUGGCAACUGCAUUUACUUCGUUUAACGCCUAUAGAAUCAGCUGCACAGGAAUAAAGGCGAAUAAAAUUUAACUGGGAAUUAAAGCAUUUUAUACUUGUUACAUCUCGAAAUAAUUAAACAAAUAAUCUAGUUGCACAUUUAAUAUUCACAUUUAGUUUCUAACAGCAAACAUAAACACAAGUUUAUACAACAUUUAUUUAAAAAGACUAAAACGUGGUAAAACGUAGGUAAUUUAAAAUUGAGGAGGUUGAAAAUUACACACAGUGUGGGUAAAGUUUAUACGGCCUCGCCGGCAAAUGUGAUAAUAGGGCGUUUAUGUGAGAACGUUAAUUACUUCAAAAAGGUGUGUAGACUGUAGGCAAUUAUUUUUAACACAUUUACGAAUAUAUAGUUUGCAAAACAAUUACAAUUACCCAAUUGUGUAAUGGAGGAUCUCUGUUCAAUUAAUUGAAAGUUAAUUUAAUAGGUAUAUGUUAAGGAAAUUGUUUGCCAAUGUGAUUUGGUCAAUAUAUUGAGAUGAGUUCAUAGAAGGUUGGUAUGAAGGGAGUAAUUUUAACGAAUUUUAUUAAAUAUAAUUUACUUGCUAAAGCUUCAUAAACUUGUAUCAGUUUGCUUAAAGAUUGUGAGAUCUUUAAUUGUGACAAUUCAUGUUAAAAAACUCAGCACAGUUUAUCGAAUUAUGUUUUGAACAUCUGAUAAGUUAUCGUUAGUGACAUGAAGCAGCCGUUAAACGCUAAUUGAAUCUGAAAGAGUACUUACUCACUUGGCGUAUUUCAUAAAACCUGUGUGUGCGUAAUGUGUACCUUUUAAUACAUUAUUGUUUUAUAAAUUCUCUACGGCGUACCUUAAUUAUGCUAGUAAAAUGAGUUAAUUACGUAAUUUUAAUGUUAUCGUGGAACAUAGAAUACACUUACCUAGCAGUAUGUUAUUAUUGAGAGCGCACGAAAACAAACAAUUAACACAAAUUGUUUGUAAUGCCAUGUUAACGAGAUGUACAAUUAUAAACCAUAUUAUUAUUUCAUGUUAUUCUUUAAUGCAUAAAAAGACUCGGGUAUUCUUAUGAAUCCUAUAAGCAUAUUAAAAGUAAGAAUCCUGAUAAUUUAUCAGAUCAAUAUACCGACCUAACGAAAAUAGAAACGAAGUUCUUACGUCAUGAAACUAAAGACAAACUACGCUUCAGUUUACUGCCAUAUUACAAUUAUGAAAUAGAUUAAGCGAUUUCCUUAUAUACAAUAUUUCUAUCCGUGUGUAUCGAUUAGAGGAGCGAAAUAAGUAUGGGCAAUAUGAUAUGGGAAUCUCGGGCUUAAGUAGGUUCUUAUGUUGUUAAAAAAUUCUUGAAAAAUUUGUUCUCCUUGUAACGUCAUACCUAUUUUACGUUAAUGCUUCAAGGUCUAUUAGAUUUAUUCGAAACGAAAGCGUUUCAAACAGUGAAAAAGAAGAAUAUUAACAUAUUAUAUUGAGGUAUGAAAUAUUCAUUUUCCCUUGGCCCUUAUUAACAAAGUAGUAAUAAUACUUUAUUUCAUUGAAUUUAUACUUUAUUGGAUAUGUUAUAGAACCGUACGAAGCAUCUGCUAUAAUCCAGAUUUGCCCAUACUUCUUUUAGUAAAAUACUCAACUAUUUAAAAUGAUCUCAUGUUGUCAGUAGAUUAGUUAGCUAUUAAAUUUGUUAGUUAACUGUAUGUGGUUUUUUAUAAUUUGUAAAUACUAGUUGGACUGACGAAUCAUUCUGUACUUUUAUGGAGCUUACAUUUGUAAAUAAAUUUAUUGAUCUAGUCAAUUUUUAUU